AUGGAGGAAGACGAAUUCUUUAUCCCAAAUGAGCUUUACAAAUUAGUUCUUCGAAAUAAAGCUAACGAGUUGGAUGCAUAUUUACAACAAACAUCCUAUGCAAAGAUGGCUCUUCUAGCAGUAGAUCAAUACAAAGAGGAACAAGUUAGCAUAAUGAUGAUAGCUGCUCGGCAUGGAUUCGAUGAGGUAAUGCGCAUACUGCUUGCUCAUCGGCCUACACAGCAAUCAGUUGAACUUGAGGGAACAAUGUAUAAUGUCACAGGAGAAUUAGUAAGCGAAGUUACUGCACUAUGGUGUGCUCUGGAUCGCGGACAUUUUACUGUGGCUCGUAUUUUAAUCGAUGUCGGUGGAGCCGAUGUUAAUCACGGUCCAAUUCAUCCAUUGUUGAUUCAUGCUGCUAUCAUGGGACGAUUCGACGUUAUUCGAUUCUUGGUUGACAAUAGAUAUACUGAUGUCAAUGAAACAGUGACGAAUGAUGAAAACGAAUGUAGUAGUUUGAUUUUUGCUGCUAGCAUAGGUCAUCAACCAAUCCUUGCCUAUCUCAUAGAGCGAGGCGCCAACCUUGAGUAUAGGACAAAAGUGAAUCGAAAUACGGCAUUGACUGCUGCUGCUAUGAAUGCUCGUUUGGAAUCAAUACAACUAUUGUGUUACGCUGGUGCUUCUGCUAACGUCAAAAAUAGAAAUGCAAAGACACCAUUGAUAUUAGUAGCUGAAAAUAAUAAUUUCGAUGCAGUCGCUUUUUUACUCGAACAUAAUCACGAUGAGGUCACUUUUAAUGAACUUGAACUGUUUGCUGCUAAUUCAUAUGCGAUGUCGAACAACCAUAAUGGAGCACAGGAAUCAGAACGCAUGGUGCAUUUAUUACGAUUGGCUCUUGAUAAACGUGCACUAUUGAAUAUACCCAAAAUAGUAUCAGAACCAAUUAUUGCCUACAAUUUCCAGCUAGAAUGUCAAUCAGUCGAUGAACUCGAACAGAUCCAACACGAUAAUGAUCGCCUAUACAUCGAAGCACUACUUAUUCAUGAACGUAUUUUUCUAGCUACAAUGAAUGAAAAGCUAUUCGAUCCAUUGUUCGAACGUUUAAGUGAAUAUUUCAAUUCGAAUUAA